GGGCGCCGAGUGAGGUGGUUGUAUUGUCGGGUCGAGCAGUGAUGGUGGGGUAGACUGGUGCUUCGUGAAUCUGUUGAGUUACAUUGUGAAGAACGACGAGUUAAAUAAUAUUUGAAGCGGAGUGACGGCGGCGGCGCAGCCAGUAUGGCCGACGGGGAGGCCAGCGUGCGGGUCGCCCUCAGGGUGCGUCCGCUGAUCUCGCGGGAGGUGAUCGACAUGUGUCGGGUGUGCACCUCGGUCACCCCCGGCGAGCCGCAGGUGUGGCUGGGCUCCGACAAGGCCUUCACCUAUGACUACGUCUUCGACAUGGACUCGGAGCAGCAGCACAUCUACAGCCAGUGCACCGAGAAACUCAUCGAGGGCUGCCUGGAGGGCUACAACGCCACCGUGCUGGCGUACGGACAGACGGGCUCCGGUAAGACCUACACGAUGGGCACGGGGUUCGAGGUGGACGCCAGUCCAGAGACGGUCGGUAUCGUGCCGCGCGCCGUGGAGCACCUGUUCAGCGGCAUCCGGCAGCGCCAGGAGGCCGCCAGGGAGGCCAACCUGCCGCCCGCCGACUUCAAGGUCUCGGCGCAGUUCAUGGAGCUGUACAACGAGGAGAUCUUGGACCUGCUGGACCAGUCGGGGGUUAACAGGGGCCGCAAGUCGAACAUCAAGAUCACGGAGGACGCUGACGGCGGGAUCGUCACCCAGGGCGUGACGUCACGAGUGGUGACGUCAGCCGAGGACUGUCUCAAGUGUCUGCGGGUGGGGGCGCUCAGUCGCACCACGGCCAGUACCCAGAUGAACGCCCAGAGUAGCAGGAGCCAUGCCAUAUUCACCCUGAUCAUCAGCCAACAGCGGGUGGCGCCGCGGGCAGACAGCGGUUUCAUGGAGUCUGAACCGACGGACGGAAGCAGUGUCGGUGGCCCGCCCACCACCGACGCCCCCAUGGAGUUUGAGACUCUCUCGGCCAAGUUCCACUUUGUUGACCUGGCUGGCUCGGAGCGACUGAAGAGGACGGGGGCCACCGGAGACAGAGCAAAGGAGGGCAUCUCGAUCAACUGCGGACUGCUGGCGCUGGGUAACGUCAUCUCAGCACUCGGAGACGAGUCUCGAAAGGUCUCUCACAUCCCGUACCGGGACUCCAAGCUGACACGUCUGCUGCAGGACUCGCUAGGAGGUAACAGUCGCACGGUGAUGAUAGCCUGCGUCUCCCCCUCUGACGCCGACUUUAUGGAGACGCUGAACACGCUGAAGUACGCCAACCGCACCCGCAACAUCAAGAACCGGGUGACCAUCAACCAGGACAAGACGUCGCGCACCAUCUCACUGCUGCGGCAGGAGAUCCAGCAGCUCCAGCUCGAGCUCAUGGAGUACAGACAGGGUAAGAGAGUGGUCUCUGAGGACGGCUCGGAGGCGGUCAACGACAUGUACCACGAGAACAACAUGCUGCAGACGGACAAUGCUAACCUGCGGACGCGCAUCAAGGCCCUGCAGGAGACGGUGGAGGCGCUGACUGCGCGCAACUGCCAGCUGCUCGCGCAGAAGGCGGCCGGAGAGUGGAUUGGAGCCGACGCGGACAGUGACGUCAGCCAGGUGGUGGCCCAGUACCUGGGUGAGAUCGAGGAGCUGCGCGCCCGGCUCCUCGAGUCUGAGAACGUCUGCAAUCAGAUGAGGAAACAGUUAGCCAGCCGCAGCCCCGGCCGGCCGGUCGGGCCGGGACCCAUGCUCAGCUCGUCAGUGCUGGCGCCACUGCCGCCGUCCGAGGACAGCUCUGUGUCGGACAUUCUCCAGGAGGCGCGCCGGGACCUGGAGCGAGAGAGGGACGCCCUGCGCCUCCGGAGUCGCCGCUCGGGCAGUGACGACACCCGCGACCAGGAGGGAGGCCGGCGCGGCAGCAGCAGCAGCAGCAGCGCAGAGAGCGGCGACGAGAAGGACUCUGACAACGAUGAAUCGGACAACGAGGACUCGACAGAUGAGCCGGAGAGCGAGGGAAAAGAGAGUUCCGACUACAACGAGCAGCUGGCCGAACUGACCUCAGACAUCAGCGUCAAGCAGCGGCUGAUCGAGGAACUGGAGCGCUCCCAGCGACGGAUGGAGACCAUGCGGCAGCACUACGAACAAAAGCUGCUGCAGCUCAGCGACCGCAUCAGAGCCACAGAGCAGGAGAGGGACAAAGUGCUCGCCAAUAUCAGCCAGCGGGGCGCCUCCGCCUCCAAGGACGAGGUCAAGAAGGUGAAGGACGAGUACGAGCGCAAGCUCUCCAGCAUGGGCAGCGACCUGAAGAAGCUGCAGGCGGCGCAGCGCGAGCACGCUAAGCUGGUCAGAUCGCAGGGACAGUACGAGCGGCAGGUCAAAACGCUGAAAAACGAGGUCAUGGACAUGAAGCGGCACAAGGUGAAGCUGAUGCAGAAGAUGAAGGAGGAUGCCAACAAGAUCAAACAGAUGGGUCUGCAGCACCACCGGGCCGUCUCCCAGCUGAGGAAGGAGCACCGCAAACACGAAAACCAGAUCAAGUCCCUGGAGGCUGAGAAGCGGGCAAAGGACGCCGUGCUGAAGCGGAAACAGGAGGAGAUCGCCGCGCUGCGCCGGGUGGGCCGGAAUCAGCGGGGCAGUCAGCUCAAACAGAGAGGCGGCCGGCAGAAGCAGUCGUCUGACGCCGCUGUCAAGAAGAAGUGGCAGGCGCUGGAGAAAUCCAUCACCCAGUUGGCGCUCAACAAACAAACAGUGGCCAGCAUGGAGCGAGAAAUGGAGAGGCAUCUGAAGGACCGUGAGUCGCUGCGGCGCCGGCUGGCCCACGUUCUCCGGCAGCGCGAGCGGGCCGAGAUGGCCGGCCAGAGCGUCGACCAGCUCCGCGAGCUCGACGACACCACGGAGGGCAUCCGCGCCAACAUGGACUACAUCAACGACAGCAUCAGCGAGUGCCAGACGGCCAUCAUGGCCAUGGAGGAGUCCAAGGACGAGCUGCCCAUCCAGGAGCCGGCGCUGCUGCUGCGCGAGCUGCGACCAGACGAGAUGGAGUACCUGCUGGAGAAGCUGCUCUCCAUGACGGUUCACCAGAGCUGCGUGGCCGCGCAGCACCAGGCCGCGCAGCGAGAGACGCAAAUCAAAAUGGACCAGAUGGAGCAGAACAGCUCUGUUCAGCAGCAGCUGCUGCAGCACCUGAUGACUGAGGAGGGCGGCCUGGAUUCGGCCGUCCUCUCGCUCAUCACAGAGGUGGGCGGCGUGGGCGCGGCCGAGUCCGACUCCGACUCCGACUCGGAGCUGACUCCGGCGCGGACGGCGGCCGCCGCGCGCGACAAGGCCCGUCGACGGACGGUGAACACGCAGGACCUGCUGUUUGCCAACGGUACGGCUCCGGCGCCGGAGAGGGACGGCGAGCGACCGAGCCUGCUGCCUCUCUCCCGGUCCCACAGCCACGUCAUCAGCUCCAACAGCUCACCCAGGCCGCCGGUGGUGCGCGACCCCCGGCCCUCCCCCCUGCCGGCGCGCCGCAGCACCUACAAGGAGGCGCUCUCACCCCGCCUGGCGCGGCGCAACAUUAACAUUACUAACAACAACCUGCGAGCGAUGUCGAGGAAUCUUCAAUUCACCAGCGCCGAGAGUCUGCAGGACGUGACGCCGCCCGGCUCUCCGGCCUCCUACCGGCGCCAGACGUCCCGCGACGAGAACGUCUUCAGCCGCCUGACGUCGUCCACGGUCGGUCAGCUGGAGGAGCGGCCCGAGACGGGCGUCAUCAGCGCCUACCCGGGACGCGGCGGGCGCGCGCCACUCCUCUGCACACACGUGGCCGAGGGACACGCCAAGGCCGUGCUCUCCGUGUGCGCCACCAACGACCGGCUCUUCUCCGGGUCCAAAGACCGGACGGUAAAGGUCUGGGAUCUCGGCACCGGUCGCCAGGUACAGUCUCUGACCGGCCACCCCAAUAACGUGGUGUGCGUCCGCUACUCUGAGGUCACCCAGCUGGUGUUCAGCGUGUCUUCGGCCUUCGUCAAGGUCUGGGACCUCCGGGAGGGAGCCGCCAAGUGUGUCAAGACGCUCAGCUCGUCGGGCCUGACGUCGUCGUCGGUGCCUCUGUCGACGCCGUCACGGACGCUGCAGAUGCCGCCGGGCGAGACGCAGAUCAACGACAUCUGCUUGGGCGGCGCCGACCGGUGUCUGUACACGGCGGCGCACAACACAGUGCGGCUCUGGGACCUCAGGAAGUUCCACAGCGUGGGUAAGCUGAGCGGCGGCCACCAGGCGGCCAUCAUGUGUCUGGCCGUGGACCGGCGGCGCGGCGGGGAUCUCGUCCUCACCGGAUCCAAGGACCACUACAUCAAGGGCUUCGAGGUGCCCGACGACACCAACGGUAUCGUCCAGCAGUGUCUGAGCCUGGACCCGCCGCACUACGACGGCAUCCAGUGCCUGGUGGUGGCCGACGGCGACACGCUCUUCUCCGGCUCCCGCGACGCGUGCAUCAAAAAGUGGGAUCUGGAGAGACAGACGCUGCUGCAGAGCGUCAGUAACGCGCACCGGGACUGGAUCUGCGGCCUCAGUCUGGCGCCGGGCGGUCAGGCGCUCCUCUCCGGCUGUAGGAACGGUACCGUCAAACUCUGGGGUGUCGAGACGUGUCAGAGCCUGGGCGAGCUGAAGGCUCACACCAGCCAGAUCAACGCCAUUACUACUAACCAGACCCACGUCUUCACCGCCUCCAACGGCGGCGACAUUAAGAUUUGGAAGUUCCCCGGCUCGGGGGUGCCGCCCCACCUGAACCCCGCCAUGACCCAGUCCACGGGGCGCAUGUUCUCCCUGGCCCUGUAGCGGCCGUCCCCGCACUAACGCCACCUAUCGGCCAAUCGCAGCUUCACCCCAGCGGUAUGCCACUGCUGUUCCGCCGGCGAGCCAUGCAGCGCGUCUCGUCUCUCAGCAGUCUUCUUCCAUUUGAAGGAGAGCUGCAUGCUCUAGUCGUGUCCGUUAUACAUAGAUCUCAGCUAGUGUGAUACAAGCUCGUCGGCGUGUAACCGCAAUGGCGAAAAAUUGAGCUUUCCUGCUUCAAUCUCACUUCUAUCUAAAAAUCACGUCACGAUAGCUGUGCUAUUAAGUCUCCGAACGAAUGUUUAUUGUAGCAAAUAUUGUGUAGCUAUUCGCUUCCACUGUGGUUCCAUUGUCACAGAGCGGGAUCAGGAAGUUCGCCUCCAAUUUGCUUCUGUACAUACUAAUGUAAUAUACUUCUAACUUACUGCCGUAAAUAGUCACGCGGCGAGUUGAUGGAUGCAGCAAAAUCGAUAAAGCACUGAUGAAAAUUUGCAUGAAGCAUGGGAGAAAGGCUAGUAAUGACAGCAUUGUCUACUUUUUGCUUCUCUUUUGGAUAAUUGUUUUGAUUCUAUUUUUAGCCUUGGCUAUUGCUAAGAACAGCCUCGACGUCACGCUGCUUUUCAAAUAUUUUUGACACAUCCCACGCCUGUUCCCCCACCCUGCCGUCUCAGUUUUGUCUGUUGCCCUUCCAACUAGCCACACGCCCUCCCGUGUGUCAGUGGAGCACCUCCCUCCCUGCGGGUUGAGUUGAUGCCCCGAGCCUGUUAUGCCCGUCAGCCUCGCCUGCCGGCAGCUGCGUAUGGCUCUGCUUACACUGAACAACGCCAUUUUCAGUUAUCUGCCUCGCACCGCCUGUUUUCGUUUGGUUCGUUUGGUUCUGCGCCUGAUUUUGUUUCGUUUUCUGUUCGUGCUCAGCGACAACACGAUUGGCUUGUGGCGGCUGCGGAACAACCUGGAUAUCGAGACGGAGGCUGCGUGAUUCUCCGCGAGGGAGCCUCUCCCGGAGGGAAGAAUCUCCCCGCAGGGAGUGGUGUCGAGCCGCCGGUGGCACCGGCCGCCGCCCAGAUGUGAUAUUAACUAGGAUCGAUAGGCGAAGACGGGUUGAGGCGCGAUAUGGCGCCCCUCAGGAGGCGCGCUCGGUCGGUUUGUGUUUGUUGCUAACGUGCUGGUCACACAUCUCGCUCAUGGUGUCUCACUCGCGGACGUCGCUCGCGCGCGCUAGUCUCUUUGUGUUGUUUCUGUUCCUUCAGUGGUGAUAACGGCCCGGGCUGUGAGCGGUCCGUAAGAUAACAGAUGAUUGUGUGUUGGGUCGGGUCGGGGCAGCCCGCCUGAGAAUAGUCGCCUAACAGUCAUGUAUUACCGUGUAGUCAUUUCAACAUUCCACCCAGUGUUGUGGGCAGGCGUGACGAGCGAUGCGCCGGUCUUAUUUGGAUAAUAUGAUUCUUGUCGUCUUGUAAGGGUGUCCACUGGACCCCUGCGGACUGUGGAGCUUCCCCGGCCGCUGGACCCUAGUCCGUGCCGCGGGGCGUGUCGAGUCGCUACUCCGUGCCGGAGCGAGUCUGGCCGGAGGGGGGGGGGGAGCCGGGACACGGGGAGAGUUCGGCAGCUACGGACCUACCGUCAAUGUCAAUACAGUGUCGCCGUCCAGAG